AUCUUUCCUCAGCUUCAGUGUCUGCAUAUGGGCCAAUAUCUUCAUAAACCUUGUAGUAAAACCACCAGAAACUGCUGAACUAAAAAAAAAUGACACGGGAAACUGAUCUUCCUGGAUUUAGAUUCCACCCCACAGAAGAAGAGCUUCUGGAUUUCUAUCUGAAACGUGUGGUUUCUGGCAAGAGGCUGCAGUUUGAUCCUAUUGGAAUUCUUAAUCUCUACCAUCAUGAUCCUUGGGAGUUGCCUGGACUGGCAAGAAUUGGAGAGAGAGAGUGGUACUUUUUUGUGCGAAGAGAUAGGAAGCUAGGUGGGGGUGGGAGGCCUAACAGAACCACUAAAAAUGGUUACUGGAAAGCAACCGGGUCGGACCGAAAAAUUGUCAGUUUAUCAAAUCCGAAACGACUCAUUGGAUUGAGGAAGACCCUUGUGUUCUACUUGGGAAGAGCAACUAGGGGAAGCAAGACUGAUUGGAUCAUGAACGAAUACCGUUUACCCGAUAACUCUCCAUUGCCAAAGGACAUGGUACUGUGCAAAAUCUACAGGAAAGCAACUUCCUUGAAAGUGCUAGAGCAAAGGGCAGCCAUGGAGGAGGAAGAUGCUAAGACUUUCCAUGCUUUCUCUUCAUCACCUCCAUCACCAUUUGAGACCAUUUCCAUUUGCAGCCAACAGGAAGGCAUGGUUCCUUCUGUAACCCCAACCCAUGAAACUUUUAAGAAAGAACUAGAUGUAGCAGUCACAAUAAAUGAACGAAAGGAAGAGAAAGCAGAGGAGGCAAAAUUUUCCUCCAAAUCUUUGCAACUUCCACCAGGGCUGGACCAACUGACUGAGCUCCAAGUUCCAAAACUGAGCUUAGACUGGACCCAAGACCUAUUUUGGACCCAAUUUAACAGUCCCUGGCUUCAAACUUUGACCCCAUAUGCCAGUAUGCUCAAUUUCUAAUGGUUAGACAGAGCAACAGGCCAUAGCCAAGAAUAAAAAAAGUAUAGUUUGUAGAUAAAUUUUGGUCUCUAAUCUCCCUCUAGUGGCCCCUCAUGACUUGUCUGUAAAUUUUAUUUCCUUUUCAUCUCAAAAUGUUUUGCCCAAUGUGUAUUGUAUGUAUGAAACUUCAAAAUUUAUCCAACUUUUAGAUGGCAUGUUGCAUUUGAAAACAA